AUGAAUUCUGUUCUGUUCCUUAUUGCUUCUAGUCAUUAUGAUGAACAUUAUCAAGAUAGGGUAACUAAAGAAUUUCGAAAUAAAUUACGCGAAGCUAUGAUAAUUUUUGAAGGGUUGAUAAAUCAUGUCGCUUUUAGACGUGUUUCAAUCAUUAUAUUUUUCAAUAAAACUGAUAUACUUAAAGAAAAACUAAAUGCUCGAACAUCAAACAUUCGCGAUGAAUUUCCUAAUUAUCCUACGAAAAUGGAUCCAUUCUAUUUACAAGACGUUCAAACGUUUAUGGUUGAAGCGUUUGCUUCAUUAAUCAGUCAUAGCUUCCCACCAGACACACAUCUAACAAAUAUACAUGGUCGUUCAAGCCUUUCACAUACAUCAUUCAAUAGUACAACCAAAUGUUCUUCUCUUCACAGACAAAAUUCUGCACCUGUAUCAGCAAAUUUGAGGUAUUCAGCGCCAAUACGAAAACGAAUGAUCUAUCGUCACUUCACAACUGCUGUGGAUAGGCGUAAUAUUGAGACAGUAUUCAACGCUAUGCAAGAUACAGUUUUACAUAAUAACUUACGCCGUAUCAUGAUGAGUUAA